CCGACGUUAAAAAAAAAAGAGGCCGGCCGAAAAUUUCAUCACACAAAAAGUUCGACUACCAAGAAGCCGAACAUCGACAACUGUACCGGCAACCCCAAAUCCUACGUAGCCUUUCAGCGACAGAGCCUUUUCAAUUGGCACCUGUCAGGCCCAUCCAAACGUUUUAUUCCCUUUUUACAACACCCCGUCUGUUAUAUCGGCGGAAUUACAUCGUCCAUUGACGACAUCCCAUACACCACAUAAUAGCUAUGUCUUUCCGUGGUGGUUCGCGAGGAGGACGCGGCGGUCCCCGUGGUGGUGGCCGUGGUGGUUUCCAGCAGAGAGACUUUGGACCUCCCGCCGCUGUCGAGGAAAUGGGUACAUUCAUGCACGCCACCGAGGGCGAAAUGGUUUGCGAGUCAACGAAUCCUCGUGUGCCCCAGUUCAAUGCCCAGAUCUUCCUCGAGAACAAGACAUCUGUCGGCCGUGUCGAUGAGAUCCUCGGCCCCAUCAACAACGUCUACUUCACCAUCAAGCCUACCGAAGGCAUCCAAGCCACUUCUUUCAAGGAGGGUGACAAGUUUUACAUCGAUAAUGCAAAGACACUUCCUCUCGACCGCUUCCUGCCGAAGCCUAAGCCUGCCCCUGGCGCUCCCAAGCCAAAGCGUGCUGGUGGAGCUCGCAGCGGCGCCCGCGGUGGUUUUGGUGGUCGUGGUGGCCGUGGUGCUCCUCGUGGCGGCUUCGGUGGUCGCGGUGGUGGUCGUGGUGGUUUCGGUGGUGGUCGCGGUGGUGCCGGUGGCCGUGGAGGUCGCGGUGGUAGCGGCGGCUUCUCUCGCGGUGGCGGCGGCUUCAGCAGAGGCGGUCGUGGUGGUGGUGGCUUCCGCGGUGGUCGAUAAGUCUAACCAGGCGGGUAAUUCGUUGCGAUUUUGUUUCAAUGGUUGGUUCUAUGACUCGUUGAGAGACGAUACUCAGCCAGAAGGGAAUCGUGGGGUGGAGGUAUAACAAACGGCGUUUACGGUUGCUUCUUGCUUAUUACGUGUUAUUUUGAUCUGGUCUAGGGAGUUUUUCCCUUUUGCAUAACGUCUAUUUCUUGUCAUGGGUGUUCGCCAGUACAUGUGCCAAUAUCGAAUCACAGGACCUUAGAUCUACGUUACAUAUAACUUAAGAAAGUAAAUCAUUUGAACAAGGCAAUUAGUCAUCGCGUGUGAAAAGAAGACAAACUUCUGUAUAAAGCAGAACGCAAAUAUGCAUCAUCGUAUUCAAGGUAUCAUAUUCUGUUUUGGGGAGGGGGCAGGUGCUGUAAAGCAAAUACAGCAGUUUAACCUGCGUCUAUUUGCAGUUGCUUCUGUAGUUCACUGUGGUUUAGCAAGAUUACUGAACCACGUUCGAGCUUAUACCCCAGCUUAAGGCUUGGGGAUACGGAUGGUCUUGCUGGUCAUUAAGCAGCCGUGCAGCACAAAUGCCAAUACAACAGGGUGGAACUCAAACGACGUUCCUUGGGCCCAGAGACCGUAGGGGAUGUUUUCCAAGAUCCAAUCAUUGUGCAACCAAUAUGCCAUGACACCAUCCAGAACAAGCGACGUCGGGAUCGGUGUACCUUCAAAGUACUUGCUCUUGCCAGUCUCAUCCUUUGGCAGCACGGCAACGGUGACGUUGAAUCGGGCUAGACGGGUCAAGCCGCACAGAACAAAGAAUGUCAAUCCAACGGUAUCCGCAGUCGAUCGCAACCCAAUUGCAAAGGCAA